GAGCUAGACCCUUUUCAGGCGGUUGAGGUUGAGGAGGAAAGCAACUGAAACAGAAAAGGCAGAAAGACAAACGGCGAGGAAUCCAAAUGGGCAGGAUUUAGUCAUUGCGUAUCGAUUGUUACAGUCAUGGAGAAAGAGAUCGAAUUGCUCUCCAGAGUGACUGUGAAUCAUCUAUUUCUCGCACAGUUCGAAGCGUUCAGGGCAUCCUUGCUUAGCUUGCGAAAGCGAAAGCCCGAGCUUGCAAUAGCAAUCCUUCAGACCGUUGUUGCUAAAGGAGCGAGAAUUGAUGGCAUCCUCUGGUCCGGCACCUGCGCCUCUCCCUCUUUGCUAGCAUGGUUAUCAGCCGUCGAAUUGCUCGAAUUCGAUGACGUAUCAGCGACCUGGAACCUUCACCCGGAGAUAUUGCGGUUGAAGGUUGAAUUCAUUUUGCUGGUACAGCUCGUAUCUUCUAAGCUCUCGGAAAGCGUUCGUGGACUAGUUAAUUUGGAAAGUAAAGGGAAAGAUGAUAUUUCCGGUGACAAAUUUGAGUCUCGACCUGAGAAUCUCACUGAAGAAGGGAAUCUGAAGGAAUCAGCUGGUGCUUUGGUUGAUACUGUAAAAUUUCUAGACCGGUUUUCGAAUUUAGGCUUGCGGCGGUUGAGGGGUUAUAUAUUUGAUGAUGACAUUGGACCCUCUGAUUUUGUUAUUUCCUUUGAUGAGGGAGAACUACGGUGCUUUAGGAAAUUAAUUCUUGACCAGAAAGAGAUUUUUGAUGCAAUGUGCUGGAAUAUUCAGAAACAAAUUCAUUGGUCCGAUCCAUAUGAUUCGGGUUUGGCGAUCAGUGUGUGCACUGAAGAGAAGGUGGCUUUUGGUUCUACGGAGGAGGAACUGAAAGCUCUCACUUCGAUACAGAAGAAUGUUCAACUUGCACAUUUGGAUGCUAUGAAGGAGUGUGCCACGGAAGAUGACGAGAACAGGGCAAUUUCUCAUCUUCGUUUCCUUCAUCUAGAUUAUGGAGUAUCGGAGCUCGAGUAUCAGAUGGCUCUACAAGUUCCGAUCAAGGCUAUUUGGUCCGGAAGAAAUGGUUUUGGAGACGCUUGGCAUGCUGUACGAGAAAAAAUGCUGCUGGUUUUUGGAGAAGCACUUUCAUCAAAUUGCACAAAACUUGUCCAGAUGAUUCAGGUCAUUCAAGACGAGUUACUUGCUGAAGAAGUUGAGAAGUCCAGAGCUUCUGAUACCAACUGGAUCCCACCUCCUCUUGGGUGUCUUCUUAAGUAUUUUGUAGAAUUGGAACAUGAUCUGGAUGAAGAUGACAGAACUUCAAAGCGGAUCAUGGCAAUCAGUUCUUGCAUGAGAGACAUGUACCACUAUGCUCGUGUCUCGGGAUUACAUAUACUGGAGUGUAUUAUAGAUACUGCACUAUCUGCUUUGAAGAGGGAACAACUUCAAGAAGUUAGCAAUAUUCUUUCACUCUAUCCUCUUCUUCAACCCCUGGUAGCUGCUAUGGGUUGGGAUCUAUUAUCUGGUAAAACACAAGUACGGAAGAAAAUGAUGCAACUAUUGUGGAGAAGUAAAUCACAAGAACUAAGGCUGGAAGAGUUUUCUUUUUAUGGAAAACAGUCAGAUGAGAUAUCUUGCGUGGAACAUCUUUGUGAUAUUCUAUGUUACCGGCUGGAUCUUGCUUCUUUCGUUGCCUGUGUGAAUUCUGGUCAACCUUGGGAUUCAAAAUCUUCAUUGCUGUUUUCUGGAAAGGAUUUUCAGGUGAAUGAAAACGAGGAUUUCAGUUCGGAGUCUUUGGACCCUUUUGUUGAAAAUUUUGUUCUGGAACGACUUGCCGUCCAGACACCUUUGCAGGUCUUGUUUGAUGUGGUUCCUGGAAUGAAGUUUAAAGAUGCUAUUGAGCUAAUUAGUAUGCAGCCUCUUGCAUCAACAACAGCUGCUUGGAAGAGAAUGCAGGAUAUUGAACUGAUGCACAUGCGCUAUGGUCUGGAAUCUGCUGUGCUAGCUUUAGGAGCUAUGGAAAGGAGUAUGGCCAAUGACACUGAAAACCAUCAUUCUAUGGCAUUCUGCUAUUUGAAAGACUUGCAGAGCCAUCUUGAAGCCAUCAAUAAUAUUCCACGCAAGAUAUUCUUAGUGAGCAUUGUCAUCUCACUUUUACAUAUGGAUGACAUUGCUGUGAACUUGACACAUUGUGCCCCGACUGGGAGCUCUUCUGAAUUGCCCUAUAUGUCGACUUCAGAACAAGUUUAUCUUACUUCAUGUGAAGGAGGGAACAAAAUGGUGAUAUCUUUUACAGGGUUGCUGCUAGAUAUAUUACAUCACAAUUUACCAUCAGAUGGAUUUGAACAGGAGCUCUUGUUGAACAGCAGUAUAACUAGUAGUGCAGUACAAGCCUUAGAGUGGAAAAUUUCAAAUGCCAAACGUUUCAUCGAAGAUUGCGAAUGGCGUUUGUCAAUUUUGCAACGUCUUCUUCCAUUAUCUGAACGCCAGUGGAGUUGGAAGGAAGCAUUGACUAUAUUACGUGCUGCUCCAUCUAAAUUGUUGAACCUUUGCAUGCAAAGAGCGAAAUAUGACAUUGGGGAAGAGGCAGUUCAUCGGUUUUCCUUACCUCCAGAAGAUAAAGCAACACUUGAACUUGCUGAAUGGGUAGAUGGUGCUUUUAGAAAAGCAUUGGUGGAAGAUGCAGUUUCCCGUGUUGCUGAUGGAACUUCCACUGCUGAACAAGAAUUUGUUUUUUCAUCGUUGCGUUCUCAGUUAGGUCCUCUAGCUGCGAUUCUUCUUUAUAUCGAUGUUGCUGCAAAUUCUUCAAGGUCUGUGAAUAUGUCCAAGCGGCUUCUGGACCGGGCUCAAGUUAUUUUAUCUGAGAUCUAUCCGGGAGGUUCGCCAAAGACUGGUUCAACUUACUGGGAUCAGAUUCAAGAAGUGGGGAUAAUUUCAGUUACAAGGCGUGUACUUAAACGUCUGCAUGAAAUAUUGGAACAAGAAAAACCUCCGACUCUUCAAGCAAUUCUUUCAGGAGAGACUAUACUUUCUUCAUCUAGGGAGUCUAACCGACAAGGACAUAGACAACGUGCUCUUUCUAUCCUACAUCAGAUGAUUGAAGAUGCUCACAUGGGGAAGCGGCAGUUUUUGAGUGGGAAACUUCAUAACCUUGCUAGAGCUCUUGCCGACGAGGACAUGGAUGCAAAUUUCAUGAAAGGAGAAAACCCCACUGCUGAUCAAAAUAUCAUCUCAAUUCUUGACCGGGAUGGUGUGCUUGGACUUGGACUAAAAGCUACCAAACCAAAAUCCUUUAGGUCAGCAGUUGGAGAAACUAGUGUGCACUCUGUUGGUUAUGAUAUGAAAGAUACUGGAAAACGAUUCUAUGGUCCUCUAAGUUCCAAACCAGCUACAUAUCUUUCAGCGUUUAUUCUCUACAUUGCAACGAUUGGUGACAUAGUUGAUGGAAUUGAUACAACUCAUGAUUUCAACUUCUUCUCACUUGUUUAUGAAUGGCCUAAAGAUCUUUUAACUCGAUUGGUGUUUGAGCGGGGCAGCACUGAUGCAGCUGGAAAGGUGGCAGAUAUAAUGGGUGCUGAUUUUGUGCAUGAAGUUAUAUCGGCAUGUGUGCCUCCAGUUUAUCCUCCACGAUCUGGUCAUGGUUGGGCAUGUAUUCCCGUGCUACCUACCUAUUCAAAGACAAGCCUGGAAAAUAAAGCAUUUUUUCACUCUUCUAAAGAAGCAAAGCCUAGUUCAUACGCCCCUUCAUCAGUGACGCCUGGAAACCCUCUUUAUCCUUUGCAACUUGAUAUAGUGAAACAUUUGGUUAAGUUGUCUCCUGUGAGGGCUGUGUUAGCGUGUGUUUUUGGCAGUAGCAUGUUAUACAGUGGUAAUGAUUCAUCUAUAUCUAGUUCCUUGAAUGGUGGAUCGAUGCAUGCAUAUGAUGCUGACAGGAUGUUCUAUGAGUUUGCUCUGGAUCAAUCAGAGAGGUUUCCAACCUUGAACCGAUGGAUACAAAUGCAGACAAAUCUUCAUAGAGUAUCAGAGUCUGCUAUGACAGCUACGCAAACUCCUGAAGAUUCCAACUCUAAGCCUGAGAUCAAUACUUCUGUCAAGCGAUUACGUGAGCCUGUAAGUGAUACCGAGUCAGAAUCUGAGGAUGUUGUUAGCAGUAACACUUCUACAAGUGUGCUGGAGUUCAGGAGCAAUGCAGCUUCCGAGCCUUGGCAAGAUUUCACAAAGUCUGAGAAUGUUGAACUUGAUCCAACCGUUUUCCUCUCUUUUGAUUGGGAGAAUGAGGGGCCCUAUGAAAAAGCUGUAGAGAGACUUAUUGAUGAAGGAAAAUUAAUGGAUGCUCUUGCUCUUUCUGACCGCUGCUUACGUGAUGGAGCCUCGGAUAGUUUACUUCAAUCACUCAUUGAACGUGGAGAGGAAAGCCUCUCAGUCUCUGGACAUUCGCAAGGUUAUGGUGCACAUAAUUUCUGCAGCAAUAGUUGGCAGUAUUGUCUACGGCUGAAAGACAAACAGCUGGCUGCUAGACUCGCUCUCAAGUAUCUGCACAGAUGGGAACUAGAUGCUUCUAUGGAUGUUCUAUUAAUGUGCAGCUGUCACUUGCCGGAAAGUGAUCCAAUUAAGAAUGAGGUCAUGCAGAAGAGACAAGCUUUGCAGAAGUAUAAUCACAUUUUAUCUGCAGAUGACCAUUAUAGUAGCUGGCAAGAGGUAGAAGCUGAAUGUAAGGAAGAUCCUGAAGGUCUAGCACUUAGGCUAGCUGGCAAAGGAGCAGUUUCUGCUGCAUUAGAAGUAGCUGAAAGUGCAAAUUUAUCUAUAGAUCUGCGAAGAGAACUCCAAGGAAGACAACUUGUGAAGCUUCUCACUGCAGACCCUCUUAAUGGUGGAGGUCCAGCAGAAGCUUCACGAUUUCUUUCUUCACUACGUGAUCCUGAUGAUGCUUUACCAGUUGCAAUGGGUGCAAUGCAGCUGUUACCAAACCUGCGGUCAAAGCAACUUCUGGUUCACUUUUUCUUGAAGCGGUGGGGUGGAAAUCUGUCUGAUGUUGAGUUAUCCCGUCUUCAUUCUUGGGCCUUGGGCCUCCGUGUUCUAGCAGCCUUGCCAUUGCCAUGGCAACAACGAUGUUCUUCUCUGCAUGAACAUCCUCAUCUGAUUCUGGAAGUGCUUCUAAUGAGGAAACAACUGGAAUCUGCAUCUUUGAUCUUGAAAGAAUUCCCUUCACUGAGAAACAACAACUUAAUUCUUACAUAUUCUGCCAAAGCUAUUGUAGUCAGUGCUAGCUCUUCUUCAAGGGAACGGAUACCUGUAUCAGGUCCAAGACCGAAGCAGAAAGCAAGAAUAGGCAUUCCAUCUAGGUCCAAUUUUAGCAGCAGCCUCAGUAACUUGCAAAAAGAGGCUCGGAGAGCUUUUUCUUGGACUGGGCGUGAUACUGGAACCAAGACAGCUCCAAAAGAAGUUUACAGGAAGAGAAAAAGCUCGGGAUUAACACCAUCUGAAAGAGUCGCUUGGGAGGCAAUGGCUGGUAUUCAGGAAGAUCGCCUUUCAAUAUAUUCUGCAGAUGGGCAAGAACGGCUCCCAUCUGUUUCGAUUGCUGAGGAAUGGAUGCUCACGGGUGAUCCAAACAAGGAUUAUUCAGUUCGCUCUUCUCACCGAUAUGAAAGUGCUCCGGAUAUAAUUCUUUUUAAGGCUCUGCUUUCAUUGUGCUUUGAUGAGUCAGUAUCUGCCAAAGGUGCUCUGGACUUGUGUGUUGGUCAGAUGAAGAAUGUGUUGAGCUCUCAGCAGCUGCCCUUGAAUGCAUCGAUGGAAAAUUUGGGCCGAGCAUAUCAUGCGACAGAAACUUUUGUACAGGCAUUGUUUUAUGCUAAAUCCCAGCUGAGAAAACUUGCUGGGAGCAGUGACUUGUCGAGCAAUUUGGACAGAAGUAGGGAUGCUGAUGAUGCUUCUUCAGAUGCUGGCAGCUCUAGUGUUGGUAGUCAAACAACUGAUGAAGUGUCCGAAGUUCUGUCACAAGCAGAAAUCUGGCUUGGGCGGGCCGAGUUGCUUCAAAGCCUUCUGGGGUCUGGAAUUGUUGCUUCUCUUGAUGAUAUUGCAGACAGAGAGUCGUCUGAACGUCUUCGUGACAGGCUAAUUGAAGAUGAACGUUACAGCAUGGCUGUCUAUACUAGCAAAAAGUGCAAGAUUGAUGCUUUUCCUGUAUGGAGUGCAUGGGGACAUGCUUUACUUCGGAUGGAACACUAUAGUCAAGCUCGUGUGAAAUUUAAGCAAGCUCUUCAAUUAUACAAGGGUGAUCCUAUGCAUGUUAUUCUGGAGAUCGUCAAUACAAUAGAAGGAGGGCCACCAGUUGAUGUUUCAGCUGUCCGUUCAAUGUAUGAACAUUUGGCUAAAAGUGCACCAACAAUCUUAGAUGACUCCCUAUCCGCUGACUCAUACCUUAAUGUUCUAUAUAUGCCAUCUACUUUUCCCCGUUCUGAGAGGUCUAGACGGGCUCUACUAUAUUCAAAGAGUCAGUCCAUGUCAUCUAUUUCAGAUUUUGAUGAUGGCCCUCGCAGCAACCUGGACAAUGUUCGUUACCUCGAGUGUGUUAACUACUUGCAAGAACAUGCACGUCAACAUCUACUUGGUUUUAUGUUCAGACAUGGCCGCUACAAGGAUGCUUGCAUGCUGUUCUUUCCUCCAGAUGCUGUUCCUCCACCUCCUCAACCCUCUUCACUUGCGGUUGUUACUCCAUCUUCAUCUCCUCAAAGGCCUGAUCCUUUGGCAACUGAUUACGGAACAAUUGAUGAUUUAUGUGAUUGCUGCAUUGGUUAUGAUGCCAUGCCCGUUUUGGAACUCGUCAUUUCAACAAGAAUGUCUUCUAGUGUAGCACAGGAUGUGGCAGUGAACCAGUAUACAGCUUCUGCACUUGUCCGUAUAUGCGCCUAUUGUGAAACUCAUAGGCAUUUUAAUUAUCUUUACAAGUUCCAGGUAAUCAAGAAGGAUCAUGUUGCUGCUGGACUUUGUUGUAUUCAGCUAUUUAUGAACUCUUCUUUCCAAGAUGAAGCUCUAAAACAUUUGGAGCAUGCAAAAUUGCAUUUUGAAGAAGGAUUGUCAGCACGACACAAAGCAGGGGAUUCAACAAAGCUCAUCUCGAAGGGAGUCCGAGGAAAAAGUGCGUCCGAAAAGCUUUCUGAGGAGGGACUUGUCAAGUUAUCUGCACGUGUUGCAAUCCAAGUUGAUGUAGUGAGAUCCUUCAAUGAUACAGAUGGACCCCAAUGGAAACAUUCUCUUUUCGGAAAUCCCAAUGACCCUGAAACUUUCAGGAGAAGGUGCGAGAUUGCAGAGACUCUCGCUGAGAAGAAUUUUGACUUGGCUUUCCAAGUAAUAUAUGAAUUCAAUCUUCCUGCUGUUGAUAUAUAUGCCGGUGUUUCAGCAUCACUGGCAGAGAGAAAGAAGGGUGGUCAGCUGACAGAAUUUUUGAGAAACAUUAAAGGCACAAUUGAUGAUGAUGAUUGGGACCAGGUGUUGGGAGCAGCCAUAAAUGUAUAUGCAAACAAACACAAAGAACGCCCUGACCGUCUCAUAGACAUGUUAAUUAGCAGCCACAGGAGAGUUCUGGCCUGUGUGGUAUGUGGCCGUCUUAAAAGUGCUUUCCAAAUUGCCUCUCGAAGUGGUAGUGUGGCUGAUGUUCAAUAUGUAGCACAUCAGGCAUUACAUGCAAAUGCACUCCCUGUACUUGAUAUGUGCAAGCAGUGGUUGGCUCAAUACAUGUAAAGUGCAAGGAUGUCCGAAAGUUUACAAUGUCUGAUGGGCUAAUCAUGAAGCAAAGCUGGUCGUAACUGAUGAUAAUACACCUUAGAUGUAGUUGAGUUAACAUAUUUUGUCACAGUGCAUUAAGCACUCUAUUAUCACAGCAAAAUGUGUGGGAGAAAAUCAGGUUAAUGCAGAAAAAAAUUUCCUUCAGUUAUUUUAGGUGGGUGCAAGUGUAAGCUGUGGUCCAAGCAGAACCCUGACCAGAUGCUCUGUAAAAUGGAAAAGGAGAAUGCAUGGGUGUAUGUUUACACCCGAAUAUCUUCAAUUAGAUGGGGAGGUCGGGUUUAUGGCUGAGACAUCUGUGAUGGUUUGAUUCUAGUAAUUGCUGUCUAGUGAAAAUUACAAUGCAGAUGGGGACUAGGACAGAUGACAACAGAUGGUGUGUGAGGAAUUACAGAGGUGAUGCGGGCAUGGGGUUGGUCUCAUCAAGUGCUGGCUAGAGAAAGAAGAUGUAAAGAGCAGAUAGGUGGUUCAUUGGGACUCAAUGGGUGACAGACUUGGGUUGUUACUUGUUAGGUAUGGCUCUGGUAAAUCAUGUUUGGCUUCUAUGUGAGCCUCUUGGAUCCCUGGGAGGGAGGGGGGUGAGAUAUCCAACCGGAUUGGAUUUUUUUUUUUUCCCCCUUCUUUUUCAAAUUUUGGGUUGACCAAUUGCACUUUGUUUUAUAUUUGAAGCAGCUUUGGGUUCAGAAUUUUUCAGCUUAGUUCAAUCAGCCAGACCUGUUACAACAGGACCUUCUUUUUUCUCCUUUUCAAACCAUUCUAAUUCUGGUUUAAAAAUUUUGGGUUUCGAAAAUGCUGUGCCUUUGACAAGCUGAACUGAACCUGAUGGCCGUCUACAUUCAGUAUACAACACAUGUUAUACAAUUUGUGUACAGAAAAGAACAUCACUGGAUCUAUUAGCUUCUCUCCAGAUAUUCUGAAGGCCUCACUUAUAGAGCUUAGCUGAUAAAGGAUAUUCUGUGCUAGAACAUCCAAAAGAAAGAAAACUUGGGCGUCGUCUUUAAUAGGACUUCAACAAGCCAGAUGCAUGAGCAAGUGGGACACAUGAAGAUCAUGAAGCUGCUGUUCGAAUUUGAUGCAACACAAAUUUGAUGGGGUGGUGGUUUGAGGGAUCUGCUAAGAUUUAUGUGUUCCUUUUGUCAUUAACACUCAAAAAAUUCUUUCGGGACUGUACUCUCCAUAUUACUGUAUUGUUGAAUUGUUGUAGAAUAUGUAGUGAGGUGGGCUCAUAGUUUGGCUAUUAUAACACAUCUGAACAAAUAGGCAGGUACUUGAUGUUCUUGGAUCGGCUGGCAUGAUCCGAGUCCGGUAGCUUCAGGUUU